GCGCCUCCGCCCAAUCAGAGCGCGAGCUCCGCCCUGGGGAAUUCCAGGCAAGUAGCGAAAAAAAAGAGAAACUGAAAUAAACAGAGAGGCGGCGGCGGCGGCAGCGGGGGGCCCCCAGACCCUGCUAGAGGCAGCGAUGAGGGGUAACGAGCAGCAGCACACCCCGACAGAGGCAGCGAUGAGAGGCAAGGAGGAGCAAUCGCAGCAGCAACUCUCCUUGGGCCUUUCGGGUCAACCAGGUGCCACAGGAUCAAUACAGCAGGACCAGAACUUCGAUCUGAACGUGUUGAAUGAAUUUAUUUUGAAAGAUCUUGAAGAAGGGCAAAGCAGGAACUCCGUGCCUUGUGAUUUCACCAACCCCCACAUCGGCGAGAUCAGGAACCAACUCAUGAACCACAUCCCCGAAUGGGCAGCCUCACCAGUGGAGCUGAUGCCAAUGGACACGUGCUCCCCCCAGCUGGUUAGCAGGGGCGCAGGGUCCCCUCAGCUGGUCAAGAGGGGCGCAGGGUCCCCUCAGCUGGUCAGCAGGGGCACGGGGCCCCCUCAGCUGGUCAGCAGGGGCACGGGGCCCCCUCAGCUGGUCAGCAGGGGCACCGGCUCCCCUCAGCUGGUCAGCAGGGGCACCGGCUCCCCUCAGCUGGUCAGGAAGGACAACCAGGCGCAGGACACGAAGAGGAAGAUGCCGUACCGAGGGGGGAGGCGGGUGGACCCGCCCUCGUCCCGCCCGAGCUCCAGGCACUUUGGCCACCCGUUGUCCGGGGUUUUCGUGAAGGAGGAGAUGCCAAAGCUGGUCAUCGUGGAGCAGCCCAAGCAGCGAGGGAUGAGGUUUCGCUACGAGUGUGAGGGCCGUUCGGCGGGAAGCAUCCCCGGAGAGAACACAACGGAGCAAACCAAGACUCUCCCGACCAUCCAGAUCCAGAAUUGGCAAGGCGAGGUCAAGGUGAUCAUUUCCUUGGUGACCAAAGAUGAACCGUACAAGCCGCACCCCCAUAGCCUUGUGGGGAAAGACUGUCAAAACGGCAUCUGUGAAGUAACCGUCAGCCCCAAGUGCAACAUGAAAGCCAGUUUUGCCAAUCUUGGUAUUCAGUGCAUGAAGAAGAAAGAAAUUGGGAAAGCCCUGGAACACCGACUGAAACUUGGGAUCGAUCCUUUCAAUGUUGGUGACUCUGCGAGGUGUUCGGAAGACGUUGAUAUGAAUGUGGUUCGACUUUGCUUCCAGGCCUUUAUCCAAGAGACGAACUUGGCCCUAGCCCCUGUCCUGUCGGAUCCUAUCUACGACAAAAAGGCGACUAACACUUCAGAGCUGCGAAUCUGUCGCCUGAACAAAGACAAUGGGGUCUGCACAGGAGGGGAGGAGCUGUUUCUCCUGUGUGACAAGGUGCAGAAAGAAGAUAUUGCCGUCGUCUUCUCAAAAGGCAACUGGGAAGCGAAGGGAGUCUUCUCCCAAACCGAUGUUCACCGGCAGAUCGCCAUAGUCUUCAAAACGCCGCCGUACUGUGACAUCGACAUCCAGGAACCUGUCACCGUGAGGCUGCAGUUGUACCGCCCCUCUGAUAAGGAAUACAGCGAGUGCUUUGAGUUCCGUUACCUCCCAAAGCUAAAUGAUGCCUAUGGAGUUCGGAGUAAAUGCACGAGAAAGAUCAAGUUCCCUUCAAUCAACGCCUUAAUGGGAUCCAAUUUAGCUUCAUCAGAACCAGUAACACGGUUAAAGAAUCAAGCUUCCAGUUUUACCCAGCCGGACCCACCAGCUAUCCCGAUGAAACAGACCAUCAAGAAUCGAGAUUUCCAAUUCCCGGCUAACAUGGACGUUGGAUAUAAUUUUCAACAUGAGGAGGAUCAGCUCUAUUUGAAUCCAGUGACCAAACCUUGGAACUGCUACACCCAGGAAGAUUAUGCGAGUGCUGUGCCCUACACUGACAAUUCCGUGGAAGAUUUGCAGGAGGACCCAUACAGUCAAUGUUACAUGAAAGACGAGCCUUUGGACACGACUAAUUAUGGAUUUUACAGCCAAUUGGAGGAGCUGCAGAAGUGCCGGGAACCCGAAGGCGUGGGUGCCACCUUUGACACAAAUUACAACGUCCUGCCACCUGUUGAAGACCUCCCCAUGGCUCCAGCAGGCGGGGACCUCGACAAUUACAUGCUGAACAUGGAUUUUGCCAAUGGCAGUGAGGAGCUGUCCACCAUCUUGGGCAGCAGUAUCGCCAUGCCCAAUGAGCAGCCAGGAUCCAAGGGCUGAGUGCUGAUUCGCUCGCUGUUGGGUCAGA